AUGGCGUUUGAUCAGGGGUACAUGGCCACGGAUGGCGGAGCUGAUGAAAUCAGUCAACCACCGUCUCACCUCUUUGAUGAAGGUGGCUACGGUGGCUAUGAUUUUGAUGCACCACCUCCUACCACCCCGGAAAACUAUGACUACGACGGUGGUGCUGCACGGCCACCAUCACCUCCACCUGUGGCUAUGGAUUAUAACAUGCAUGCUGGGAAUUUCGGGUUUAGCCAUUCACCAAAGCGUGACGAUUACUCUGCUUCGCCUUUUCAGGAGAAUGGUGGCGGUGGUGACGGAAAAGGGUAUGAUAUGGCAGCUGAUACAGAUGGGAUUUUCAGCUCGGCUCCUUCUGAUGGACCUUUGCUCCCUGAUCCAACUGAGAUGAGGGAGGAAGGUGCCGCAUUUCGCGAAUGGCGCCGCCAAAAUGCAAUUUAUCUUGAGGAGAAGGAGAAAAGAGAGAAAGAACUGAGAAAUCAGCUCAUUGAAGAAGCUGAAGAGUACAAGCGAGCUUUUCAUGAGAAAACAAAGCAAAACAAAGAGACUACAAAGGCUCAAAACAGAGAAAGAGAGAAACUGUACCUGGCUAACCAAGAAAAAUUCCACAAAGAAGCUGAUAAACAAUAUUGGAAAGCCAUAGCGGAGAUUAUUCCACGUGAGGUACCUAAUAUUGAGAAGAGAAGAGGGAAAAGGGAGGAAGAGAAGAAGCCUUCAGUUGUGGUCAUUCAGGGCCCCAAACCUGGUAAACCAACAGAUAUGUCAAGGAUGCGUCAAAUGCUUCAGAAAUUGAAGCAGAAUCCUCCGCCUCAUAUGAUUCCCCCUCCGCCGUCCAAAGAUGCCAAGGAUGCAAAAGAAGAGAAGGAUACUAAAGAAGGGAAGGAUGCAAAGGACGGCAAAGACGCUAAGGAUGCAAAGGAAGGAAAGGAUACCAAGGAUGCAAAAGAAGGGAAGGAUACCAAGGAUGAGACGAAUGCCACUCCAAAAUCAGCCAAGGCAGUGAAAGAUGACAAGGCUGCAAAAGUUGGCACUCCGAAAUCGGCAAGUGCUUCGCCUUCUGCUGCUGCUGGAACGAAUGCUGUUUCACCUGCCAAAGAUGCUGCUAAUGAUAGCACUCCUAAAGCAACAACACCAGAUGCUGCUUCCAUAGCUGAAGGUGAACAAACAGUAGAAAAUCAGCCUACCACUGCAUGAUAAGCUCCACAUCUCCCUUUCUGUCUUUCACAUUUAAUUUUAUCUAAAGUGAUCAACUUAGUUCACAUUGUUUUAUCAAUUUACUACCAGUAAUAGGAAUAAUAGCAGUUCUUGUUUUUUGACAUUAGGACUUUCAG